CAAGACCAAGACCAAGAAGAAGCAUUUUGUGUGCCAGAAAGUGAAGCUAUUCCGGGCCAGCGAGCCGAUCCUCAGCGUCCUGAUGUGGGGGGUGAACCACACGAUCAACGAACUGAGCAAUGUCCCUGUCCCUGUCAUGCUAAUGCCAGAUGACUUCAAAGCCUACAGCAAGAUCAAGGUGGACAAUCACCUCUUCAAUAAGGAGAACCUUCCCAGCCGCUUUAAGUUUAAGGAGUACUGUCCCAUGGUGUUCCGAAAUCUCCGGGAGAGGUUUGGGAUUGAUGAUCAGGACUACCAGAACUCAGUGACGCGCAGCGCCCCCAUCAACAGCGACAGCCAGGGCCGGUGCGGCACGCGUUUCCUCACCACCUACGACCGGCGCUUUGUCAUCAAGACUGUGUCAAGCGAGGACGUGGCAGAGAUGCACAACAUCUUAAAGAAAUACCACCAGUUCAUCGUGGAGUGUCACGGCAACACCCUUUUGCCACAGUUCCUGGGCAUGUACCGCCUGACUGUGGACGGUGUAGAAACCUACAUGGUGGUCACUAGGAAUGUGUUCAGCCAUCGCCUCACUGUACACCGCAAGUACGACCUCAAGGGCUCUACUGUCGCCAGAGAAGCUAGUGACAAGGAGAAGGCCAAGGACUUGCCAACAUUCAAAGACAAUGACUUCCUCAAUGAAGGGCAGAAGCUGCAUGUGGGAGAGGAGAGUAAAAAGAACUUCCUGGAGAAACUGAAGCGGGACGUUGAGUUCCUGGCCCAGCUAAAGAUCAUGGACUACAGCCUGUUGGUGGGCAUCCACGACGUGGACCGGGCAGAGCAGGAGGAGAUGGAGGUGGAAGAGCGGGCGGAGGACGAGGAGUGUGAGAACGACGGAGUGGGCGGCAACCUGCUCUGCUCCUAUGGCACGCCUCCGGACAGCCCUGGCAACCUCCUCAGCUUCCCCCGGUUCUUUGGUCCUGGGGAGUUCGACCCCUCUGUCGAUGUCUAUGCCAUGAAAAGCCAUGACAGUGCCCCCAAGAAGGAGGUCUACUUCAUGGCCAUCAUUGAUAUCCUCACGCCAUACGAUGCAAAGAAGAAAGCUGCACACGCUGCCAAAACAGUGAAACACGGGGCGGGAGCGGAGAUCUCGACUGUGAACCCUGAGCAGUACUCCAAACGCUUCAAUGAGUUCAUGUCCAACAUCCUGACGUAGUUACCUUCUACCUUCAGCCAGAGUCAGAGAGCUGGAUAUGGGGUCGGGGAUUGGGAGAGGGAGAGGGUGGAUUUGGGCUGGAUGGGAGGGUGGGGAGCAGAGUGGGGGGUCGAGAGGGCUUUAGCAAUGAGAUUGCAGCCUGUGACAACGAGAAAGAGAUGCUAGCCGCGGAGGAGGGGGACUGCUGUGUGUACCAUUUGCUCAGGAUGGAACCUCACCUCUGCUUACUCUUGAUUUUUUUUCCCAAUUAACCCAAGUUUUUUUUUAAAAAAGGAGGGGUUCCCUCUUUGGUACCUUGCAAUCUUUCAAGAUACCUUGGGGCUAGAGAUGAUUGGUUUUUUGUUUGUUUUUGUUUUUGAAAUUUCAUUGCUCCAGGUUUGCUAUUUAUAAUGAUGUAUGUCAUCACCCUAUCUACCCUCCCGUCCCUGCCCAGUUCUGUUCCCUUCUGUUAAAGAGGCCCCCGACAGACCAGCACAAAGGUCCUCUCAGAGCAAGGCGCUCCAGGAGAGAGGUCAGAACCUCAGGCCUGCUGUAUACGAUUUUGUCUGGAUGAGCUCUUUAAUUCCAUGGAGGACUGUGCACAACUUCCUCCGCCUUCCCACCUUGGAUCCAAGUGAAAUGUCACAUAUGCCUCCAUCCCGUCCUCCCAAAGGAGCACUUCAGGUCAACCCCAAGCAUCAUGGAUUGGAAUCAGAGCUCUCAGAGGGAAGGGAGUCGAUCCUCGGGGGUGGUAAGGGGUGACAGAGCUGCUGGGCUCACGGACACCUGGUUCUUAGAGAACCCUGUGAUCAGCACCCAAACCCAGACUCUCUCAGUUCCUGGGGUUCAGAUAUCCUCUCUGUAAAGCCUGCCUCCUACUGGGUCGAGAGGAACUAGAAAGUACUUUUGGAUAUGCCAGGACCCUUGUGUUUAUGGUUAUUUUCCUUUAGGGAAACCUCAGAAACUGGUGAGUAUCAGUGAGGUCUUGUGCCCUCCAUCCAUUCACUUCCUUCUGACCUCCUUCCAACACCCUCACUCGCAGCUGAGCUUUGAGCUGGGGCAGAUCUCCAGGCACCUGGGGUGCUCUUCGCAGAGAUACCUCCUCAAGCCCCAGGACACUGUGUAGGCAGCCUGCUCCCUGUGCCUGUGGUUUGUCACCUGGACAGUUACACGAGCACGGUGCCUCCCGCCUUGGAGGGCAGCGUCCAAGCCUGAGGUUCCUUCGGAGUCACUUGAGACAAGGCCCAGGACAUCCAGUCUGGAGGCUCAGUGUGGUGUUUACCCUGGCCCUAGCCUUGGGCUGUUUCUCUUGUUGCUCCCCAUUCCCAGAGAUUUUCAGCAGAUCUGCCAUCCUCAGGCUUCCUGGAAGAAGUGGCACCUGUAGGUUCCUCGGAAUUCUCGCCCACCUGCAGAGCCUGCUGCCCAGGCCCUCGGAAGUGAGCCCGUGUUCCGAUGCCUUCGGAGCAGUCUGCACUGGGGGAGGUAUACCAUGCAUCUUCGCAUCCCUCACUGGGAGCCAGGGAUUUGGGAUGAGACAUGGUAAAACUUGUAGAUAACCCCAAAGAUGUGAAGAUGGUUUACAGAACCAUUGAGUAAAUAAAUGGGUUUUGGUGGCUUCCUCCGAACACGGCCAAGCUCUGGAGCAGGAAGCAGCAGUGUCCAUACCCAGCCCACAGCACUGGGGUGGGAAGGAGUGGAGACGGCAUUCUUGGCUUCACUGGGGCUGCAGCAGUGGGUGAGAACCCGGAAGCAGCAGACGCGGGUCAGACCACUGCCCUUGCCCCAGGAAGGGGACACAGGUAGCACUGAUCAAGACCACUAAGUGACUUGGGGAAGAACUUGGAACCAAGUGGCUCAUGGAGGAAACAGAUUUGACCAAGAAAAGGGAUUAAGUAAGAAUUAUGUUUGGACAUGAUUUCCCCACCUCAUAAUCAAGAGUGAAAAUUUGAAUCUGCUCGUCAGGCCUAGCAUCUCCAAAAGCGGAAGGCCGUCCUCCAGCAGCCUCCUGUGGCUAUGGGCUCCGGCCUCUCUGCACUUGGUCUGCUGAUCACGUUGCCGUAAAUGUAUGAAAGUGUAAGUCUGACCCGCUAAAGGUGACUACCAGGUGUCUAACUUGUCUAACAUGGAGUUUUGUGAUUUUUUUUUUUAAUAUUGUUUACAUUUUGAGAGGUAGCAUUCUGUUUCAAAUGCAUUUUUUUUGUUGUUCAUUUUUCUGACAGUAUUGUUGAUUGGGUCCCAACAUUUGAGCUGUGGUUUGGUGGGUUUUAGAUUUGUUUUUUAAAGGUUGUUCUCUGUGCUAUCUUCAAAACCUUGGGUUUGGUCCUCUAAUUCCUUUGGCAUUCAAAUGUUUAAAAGCUAUUGAUCUUG